GCUAGCCAGCAUAUCGCAAGAGUGGAGCUCUACCCGAGUGAGGCCCCCCACCCAGAAAAUCACAAGUGAUUGAGACUUGCACCAUUCCGUCUCUCGUCUUCUUUCUUCUCUAGCCCUCCCCCCCCCCCCCCUCAUUACCCGCUUCUUGGAUCCCUCUCUGUCAUCGUUUGUCUGUCCUCGAGAUUCAAUUUCGAGUUCGAGCGAUUCAGGUAGAGAUUCAGCUUUUCUUGUGUCAAAAAAAGAAGAAGAAGAGAGAUUCAGCUUUUCAAUACGUUUCUAGUUUUUCCCCUUCAAGCUGCAGCUUUUCCCCAACCUGUGCUCUGUUUUUGAAAUUGAGGCAGGUCUUCUCAUAUAUUUGGUUUUAGAAUUUUUUUUCCUGUGAUUUUCUCGUAUUGUGUGGCAUGGCGGCAACUAUAGGUAUGUAUAAUAAUAAUAGCAGCAGCGUGGCGUCAGAUUUCUUAGACCCGCGUAGUGAAGAUCUGAUGAAGGCCCUUGAACCUUUUAUCAAAAUGGAUUCAUCAGCGUCUUCUCUGUCUUCUGUUUCUUUUCUGUCUUCACCUUUCUGCUCUCAUACCCCGCCCACUCCUAUGUCCAGUUAUCAUCCCAACCUCCGCACAGCAUCGAGCUCCCACAUAUUUUCUGCGGGGUUCUCGAGUGGCAUAGGGCUAAACCAACUCACCCCAUCUCAAAUUCUUCAGAUUCAGGCUCAAUUCCAGGCCCGACAACAACAGUCCCUGGGCCUCCUCAGCCCCAAACCUGUCCCCAUGAAACACGUCCGUACUGCUCCGAAACCCGCGAAACUAUACCGUGGAGUGAGGCAGAGGCAUUGGGGGAAAUGGGUGGCUGAGAUCAGACUCCCAAGGAAUCGAACCCGGCUCUGGCUCGGCACUUUUGACACUGCCGAAGAGGCCGCCUUGGCUUAUGACAACGCUGCUUAUAAGCUUAGGGGUGACUUUGCUCGCCUCAACUUCCCUCAUCUGCGACACCAAGGAGCUCACGUGUUUGGGGAGUUUGGGAAUUACAAACCUCUUCAUUCCUCCGUCGAUGCCAAGCUUCAAGCUAUUUGUGAGAGUUUGGCCAAUUCCCAGAAGCAGGGGAGUGCAGGGGAGCCUUGCUCCGUCGGCGAUUCAAAGCCCAAGGUGGCGUCGGACGAGUCAGAAUCGAAAAGUGAUGCGGAGGGUUGUAAGGUGGAGAACACAGCAUCGUCGCCCUUGUCUGAUCAAUCCUGGGCUGGCUCGUCUUCCCCUGAAUCCGACAUCACUUUCUUGGAUUUCUCGGAUUCCAAGGAUGACACCAUCGACUUCGGCCUGGAGAAGUUUCCUUCCGUGGAGAUUGAUUGGUCUGCUAUUUGAGAUGUCAUCAAUCUUCCUUGUUAUAUGGUCCUGUUCUAGAUCCAGUAUGUAUGUACUUGUAUGUUGUAGUUUUGGGUGUCUUGAGCAGCGAUCUGCAAUGAAAUUUUAGGAAUUUGCAGAGGCGUUGCCAAAGAGGGUUAUGCAAAAUUAGGGUAGAAAAUAAGGGGGUUCAGGAGCUCAUACUCCUUGUUGUGCCGGUGCUUUUUAAUCCGGGCACGACCAAGGGAGCUUCCUCUUAGGUUUAGGUCGUACUUGUACUCGGAAUAAAUGUAAUUAUAGCACCUUCCAGUGUAUAAAUCUCGUGGGUGAUAUCAUCUGAUUUAGUUCUAUAUUCUGUACUCA